AGCUCGUACAAGUCAUUAAAUAGAUUCUUAUCCUCCCGCCAUGGUCGUGGGUCUGUGUUGGAUGUGCCUUGCAGCGAACCUGUUUGUAAAGCUCUGGUAUAUGCGUUUAAGACUCGGGCGGGGCAGCUGACGGUACGUACCUUGGGUUACAGCUCCCAAGCGCGGGCUGGUUGGGUUGAUGUCAUUUCGUGAUAUCCUCGAACACGAUCGCCAAACACAAAGUCAACAAAGUCAACAACAUCCGCAUCUGCCAUCGCUGGCAGCAUACACGCCCGGCCAGGAUGACGACCACCCACGUGCUGUCGCUUCCCUUCCGGAAGUCGACCCAACUGUCACUAUCGCGCGCCAUCCAGCAGUACAUCUCCAAGAAAUACGACCAACACCCGGACAUGUUCCGCCAUGACCUCGACACCAUCGAUACUCUGCGCCGCGACGCCAUCAACGUCCGAGAAGCCCACCCGAGUGGCAUCAAGAAGCUCCAGACCUACGCCGCCCAGCUAGUGUGGAUUGGCGGCAAGUUCCCCAUCGAUGUCGGCGCCGACUUCACGUGGUACCCGGCCCUGGGCUACCACACCGAACACCCUCUCGUCCAGAAUAACCUCAAGUACGAGCUGAUGAACGUCCUCUACAACCUCGCCGCCCUCUACUCCCAGCUGGCCAUGGCUUCCAACCGCAACAGCACCGAAGGCCUCAAGACCGCUGCCAGCUGGUUCUCCCACGCCGCCGGCGUCCUCACCCACAUCAAGACCCAAGUCCUGCCCGAGCUGCGCAUGCCCAACCCGCCUGACGACAUGGACGAAGCCACCCUCGAGUCCCUCACACAGCUCUUCCUCGCCGAGGCGCAAGAGUGCUACUGGCAGAAAGCCGUCAUGGACGGGUACAAAGACGCCUCCAUUGCCAAGCUAGCCGCCCGUGUAUCCGACCUAUACAACGAAGCCGGCGAGGCCGCUAUGCGCAGCGAGGCCAUCAGCUCGGCCUGGAUCCACCACAUGAGCGCCAAACACCACCACUUCGCCGCCGCCGCCCAGUUCCGCGCCGCCAACGAUUGUCUCGAGCGGAAGCAAUACGGCGAAGAGAUCGCCCGGUUGCGGGACGCCCUCGCCUGCGUCAACGAAGGACUCAAAGAAACCCGAGGUGGCUACCUCAGCAAAGCCGUCGUCGAAGACCUGCAAGGCCUUAAGCGUCGCCUGGAAGAGGACCUCAAGCGCGCCGAGGUCGACAACGACCGCGUCUACCUGCACAUCGUGCCGCCCAAGACCGAGCUCAAGCGUCUUGACCGCGCCAACAUGGCCGUCGCCCGCGUGCCUCCCCAGGUGGCCAAGCCGUACGAGUUUCUGGGCGACCACAACGCCGAAUUUGGGCCGGCUUUGUUCACCAAGCUCGUCCCCUUCGCCGUACACGUGGCCGUUUCCAUUUACGAAGAGCGUCGCGACAGGCUUGUCAACAACUCCAUCAUUUCCGAGCUCGAGUCUAUGACAUCCAAACUUCACGAGAUUCUUUCCUCUCUCAACCUCCCCGGUUCCUUGCAAGCCCUCGAAAAGCCGCUCGGCCUUCCCGGCACCUUGGUCCAACACGCCGACGAGAUACGCCAAGCCGACGCCCUCUACCGCCUGCAGCAAGGCUUCACUGAUAUUGAAAAGCUCUGCUCUUCGGACCUAGCCAUCUUCGAAGAAGGCCGGUCCCUCCUUCUCGCCGAAGAGGAGGAAGACUCUCGUCUCCGCCUCAAGUACGGUACCGAACGGUGGAACCGCCCGCAAUCUCGCCAGGACCCGUCCCCCAAUGGCGGGGCAAAACUCUGGCGACAGGCGCAAGAUAUCGAAGGUUACUUUGGCUCUUCGACAGCCUCGGACCAGGUAGUCCGCGAGAAGUUUAACGCCGUGAAGGACACACUCGCCAUUCUUGCUGGGUCGGACCGAUCAAUAAUGGAUUUCAUCCCCAACUCGCGACGGACGGACAUCCCCGAGAGCUUGAAGCCGGCCCUCGGAAGGCUGCGAAGCGCCUACAACGACGUGCAGCGUCUCGAGUCCCGCCGGCGCAAGCGCGUCGAAUCUUUGCGCGCCCGGUCUCGCGCAGACGACAUCAAGCCUGACAUUCUCGUCGAAGCCGCCCGCUUAGAACGCGCGUACCCAACCACCGCCAUAGCAACAGCACACUUUGAAGACUUCUUCGAGAAACGCCUCGACCGGCUAUACGAAUCGGAGCUGGAGGCCGUGGAAAGGGAUAAGCAAGAGCAGGAGAAGAUCGUACAGGAGGUCAGGAGGGCAAAUAAGGAGUUUGAGGCGCAAAAGAGGCAGGUGGAUAGAGCGGGUGGGGGCAAUGGAGAAAGAGAAAAGGCUCUCCAGAAGCUGGAUGCGGCGUAUUACAAGUACAAGGAGAUUGUGAGCAAUGUGGAGGUCGGGAGGAAGUUUUAUAACGAUUUGAGCCAGAUUGUGGAGCAGUGGAGGGGGUUGGUUAGGGGGUGGGUGAGCGAGCGGAGGAGGGAUGCGAGAAGUCUUGAAGAGGAAAUCAACAUGCCCCCUCUGUCCUCCCUCAACAUGCAUCAACCAUCUUUUUCGUUUCAACAACACCAACACCAACAACCACCACCACCACCACCGCAAAUACCUUUCCCUGAACCCAUCCAGGCUCAUCAGCCAAUAGUUGAACAAGCGCACAUCCAUAGCUGGGCAGACAACGUGCCACAACAACAGCCGAAGCCAGUAGCUCCUGGGGCGUGGGCACCAAACAUGGGGAUAAAAUUCGGAUCCCCUGGGGGUCAGGGGCAGCAGGCCCAACAAGAGCAGGGGCAACAAGGACCGGUAAACGCUACAUGGGAUCCUUCUCAGGGGAUCCGGUUUGGGUGCCACGAGGAAGAAGUCCGCGAAGUCGUCGCCACCUCCGGCAAGGAUAACUGCAACACAUGCACCAGAACCACCAAGGUCAAAAAGGACUGCGGCUCCAAGAGCUGCCCCCAGUCGUCGUCUUACGAGCCUCCCUCCAGCAGCUCGGAUAAGAAGUAGGAAGAGACGCCGUCGCUGUUUAAGAGUGUUUGGGAGGAGUACAACCUGGACGUGAAUCGAAAGCAACAACAUAAACGCGGUGAUGUGGGUUAUGAGAUUGAUGAUGGUCCGGAGACUCGUCUGGACAAUAAGCGCCCCGCGCCCGCAGAGUUCACGGGUCAGGGUGGAUCGAAGAAGGGUAAAAAGGAGGAAUAAAGGAGGCGAGAGUAAUGGGGGGGAGAAAGGGUAUGAAGGGGAUACGGACAAGGGGUUUCGGGGUGAUGGAGGUGCCCAUUUGAAGGAAGAAGCUAUUUGGAACUAAAAUCUAGAUGGCGCGAGGAACUC